AUGAGGAUAGACACCGAAAAUAGCAUGACCCGCCACGAAGCAGAAGACAAAUGCCUGCGCGAGUGGCAGAGGCUCUGGACAGAAUCGACCAAGGGAAGAUGGACCUACGGUUUUAUACCAAACGUCAGGACAAGAGUUAUAACACCACUGCCGUUCGACCACUACAUAAGCCAAAUAAUAUCGGACCACGGGGACUUCAACUCAAAACUUGCAGGUUUCAACCUCAGGGAAGACCCAUCCUGUAAAUGCGGACACUUCGAAGAAACCGCAACAGUUGGAAGACUGUCCGCUAGCAAGCAACAGCAGGGAGAUUUUGAGGAAUGA